AUGGAUCUUCCCAGUUUGUACCAGUUGAGCGUAAAGACGUUCGUCAGAAAUCUGAAGCACAACAGCAAGUCGCGAGCGCCGAUCAGCGAGUUGCAUGACCUGCCUCCCAAUGUACUGUGCACCGUCUUCGAAGAGAUGUCAUCCCACUCAUCGCUCACUGAAAUCACUCAUCGCGAAUUAUCGGAUCCGGUUCUGUACAUGAGAGUGUUUUCGCUCAACUACACAGCUCGUAAGUCUUUGGAGAAGAGUGUCUGCAACGUGAGUCGAAAUGGAGUUUGUGCCCUCUCUGAGAUGGCUCGAAAUUGGUGCAAAAUUAUGAGCGAUGAGGAAAAACGGAAACGUUAUCCAUCGCUCGCAACGAAUUUCCGAGGUGCUCUGGAACUCGGCACUUAUCUACACGAUGCAGGAUUGGCACAGCUGAGUGCAGAAGUACUCUACAUCGCACGCCGAAUGAUACCGCAAGAUAAUAAUGGUUUGAAGAUUGAAUGUGUUAGAAGCAUUCUAAGAGCCGAAGUAAGCGCUCUGUACAAAAUGAAAGCUGAAGAGACCUGCCGCACUCUUUUGACAAUGGUUGACGACACCACAGAUGACGAAGUUCGCAUCAAAGUGUUUCUAGAGGUGACAAAACAUCAUUUUAAAGCUUGUCGGUACUCGGAAAUGAAUCGUUGGAUUCAGAAGGCGCAGGAGUUCAUCACCGAAACGACGCCACCUGAAAUUGUCAUCGAAUGCCAGCAACUAAACGCACUCCACCUGUUCCAUUCCAAAAUGAUUCUGGACGCCUAUUCCAUCUUCAAGCAGGCUAUUGAUCGCACUCGAGAAAUUUUCGGGCACCACCAUCGACGGUACGCCGAAACUUUGUAUACCUUCGGAGCAACUUUGGUGAAGAAUAGAUACUGCUACGGCUUUCAAAUGUUGCUGUAUGGCAUUCAAAUGCUAAUAGAAGUGCUCAUAAUCUUCACCACGCUGUACGGAGAGCGAACGCCGCAUGCCAAUGACAUCUAUCGCUAUUUAGCGCUCGCACGAGACAUCAACACCAGUACCGACGACCGAACCGUUUGCUUCUUCAACUCCGAUUGCUAUCGCUUGUUCUAA